AAACUCUUCUUGCUGGAUCAGAGGCUUUAAAAUCUUUUUUCAUCUUCGAGCUGUAGCUCGGGCUGCUUGUCGGCUUGGCCGCCCCCUCCCCCCUUUGCUCUCUGCCUCGUCUUUACCCAGGACUUCGCUAUUUUGCUUUUUUAAAAAAAGGCAAGAAAGAACUAAACUCCCCCCUCCCUCUCCUCCAGUCGGGCUGCACCUCUGCCUUGCACUUUGCACGGAGGGAGAGAGCGCGCGAGGGAGAGAGAGGAAAGAAAAAAAUAAUAAAGAGAGCCAAGCAGAAGAGGAGGCGAGAAGCAUGAAGUGUUAACUCCCCCGUGCCAAGGCCCGCGCCGCCCGGACAGACGCCCGCCGCGCCUCCAGCCCCGAGCGGCCGCCGCGCGCGCCCUGCCUGCAGCCCGGGCCGGCGAGGCGAGCCCUUAUGCAAAGCGCGCAGCGGAGCGGCGAGCGGGGGACGCCGCGCACCGGGCCGGGCUCCUCCAGCUUCGCCGCCGCAGCCACCGCUGCCGUCACCGCAGCCCGCGGAGGAUCUUCCCGAGCCUGAAGCCGCCGGCUCGGCGCGCAAGGAGGCGAGCGAGCAAGGAGGGGCCGGGGCGAGCGCGGGAGCACAUUGGCGUGAGCAGGGGGGAGGGCGGGCGGGCGCGGGCAGGGCGGGGUGGGGGGUGUGUGUGUGAGCGCGCUCGGAGGUUUCGGGCCAGCCACCACCGCGCAAGCUAGAAGCGCCCCAGCCCGGCAAGCUGGCUCACCCGCUGGCCACCCAGCACAGCCCGCUGGCCCCUCUCCUGCAGCCCAUCUGGCGGAGCGGCGGCGGCGGCGGCGGCAGGAGAAUGGCAUCAGAACUGGCAAUGAGCAACUCCGACCUGCCCACCAGUCCCCUGGCCAUGGAAUAUGUUAAUGACUUCGAUCUGAUGAAGUUCGAAGUGAAAAAGGAACCGGUGGAGACCGACCGCAUCAUCAGCCAGUGCGGCCGUCUCAUCGCCGGGGGCUCGCUGUCCUCCACCCCCAUGAGCACGCCGUGCAGCUCGGUGCCCCCUUCCCCCAGCUUCUCGGCGCCCAGCCCGGGCUCGGGCAGCGAGCAGAAGGCGCACCUGGAAGACUACUACUGGAUGACCGGCUAUCCGCAGCAGCUGAACCCCGAGGCGCUGGGCUUCAGCCCCGAGGACGCAGUCGAGGCGCUCAUCAGCAACAGCCACCAGCUCCAGGGCGGCUUCGAUGGCUACGCGCGCGGGGCGCAGCAGCUGGCCGCGGCGGCUGGGGCCAGUGCCGGCGCCUCCUUGGGCGGCAGCGGCGAGGAGAUGGGCCCCGCCGCCGCCGUGGUGUCCGCCGUGAUCGCCGCGGCCGCCGCGCAGAGCGGCGCGGGCCCGCACUACCACCACCACCACCACCACGCCGCCGGCCACCACCACCACCCGACGGCCGGCGCGCCCGGCGCCGCGGGCAGCGCGUCCGCCUCGGCCGGUGGCGCGGGGGGCGCGGGCGGCGGUGGCCCGGCCAGCGCUGGGGGCGGCGGCGGCGGCGGCGGCGGAGGCGGCGGGGGCGCGGCGGGGGCGGGGGGCGCCCUGCACCCGCACCACGCCGCCGGCGGCCUGCACUUCGACGACCGCUUCUCCGACGAGCAGCUGGUGACCAUGUCGGUGCGCGAGCUGAACCGGCAGCUGCGCGGGGUCAGCAAGGAGGAGGUGAUCCGGCUGAAGCAGAAGAGGCGGACCCUGAAAAACCGCGGCUAUGCCCAGUCCUGCCGCUUCAAGAGGGUGCAGCAGAGACACGUCCUGGAGUCGGAGAAGAACCAGCUGCUGCAGCAAGUCGACCACCUCAAGCAGGAGAUCUCCAGGCUGGUGCGCGAGAGGGACGCGUACAAGGAGAAAUACGAGAAGUUGGUGAGCAGCGGCUUCCGAGAAAACGGCUCGAGCAGCGACAACCCGUCCUCUCCCGAGUUUUUCAUAACUGAGCCCACUCGCAAGUUGGAGCCAUCAGUGGGAUACGCCACAUUUUGGAAGCCCCAGCAUCGUGUACUUACCAGUGUGUUCAUAAAAUGAAAUUUAUGUGAGAGCUGUACAUUAAAAAAAAUCAUCAUUAGUAUUAUUAUUUGCAGUCAUGGAGAACCACCUACCCCGACUUCUGUUUAGUCUCCUUUUUAAAUAAAAAUUACUGUGUUAGAGAAGAAGGCUAUUAAAUGUAUAACUUCCAUAGUAAUUAACUAUGCCUCUUGUCUGGGGGUUUCAUAGAGACCCGUAGAAAAGCGCACUCCUGCUUUUCGAUUUAUGGUGUGUGCAAGUAAACAGGUGCAUUGCUUUCAACCUGCCAUACUAGUUUUAAAAAUUCACUGAAAUUACAAAGAUACAUAUAUAUGCAUAUAUAUAAUGGAAAGUCUCCUGGAAUGCAACAAUUAGCAUUUUAAAAGCAUAUAUAGGCAUGCACAUUCUAAAUAGUACUUUUUCAUGCUUCAUUGUUUCUCUGGCAGAUAAUUUUACUAAGAAGAAAAAUAGAUAUUCGACUCCCCUUCCCUAAACAAAUGCACGGGCAGAGGCUCCAGCGGAGCCGAGCCCCCUGGUUUUCUCGUAGGCCCUAGACAGUGUUGCAUUUAUCAGUGAUGUCAAACAUGCUCAUUUGUCAGACAUAGCUGUAAAUGAAAACAAUGUGUGGCAAAAUACAAAGUUAGAUAAAUACAC